AUCUACUGCUGCUCGAUGUUUAUGGAGCGAUUAUUCUGAAGCCGACAGAAAAUGGCAGAAGGAGGAAUCGAACAUAGUAUGUCAGACACUGAGAGCGUUCCCAGGCACAGCAGCCUGUACAGUGAUCACUCAUGGAAUUAUGUCGACAAAACUUCCGUAGAAGUCUGCAAUAUAAUGACAAAUCUGGGAUACGGAGAGGAAAUCAGACGGAGAAGAAUUUUAAAGUACAGGGAGUGGGAUAGCUUAAUGAAUUCAAUAAGUGUAAAUAACAUCUCUAUUAUCACAGCUGGAAGCAAGGCUGAGGGGCUUACCGGCUGGUUAGAAAGCGACUUUGACACUUUAUACGUGCUUAAAACUGUCCUCUGUGUGGAAGCUGGAAUUGAUCUACACACCACACCAGACGACAUAGAAGUAUACAGGAUGGAUACACGUGUAUACCCAGGGUACUGCAAGAUGUUACUGGAGAGACAAGGUUCUACACGUUUUAAUGUAAUUAAGAAUGCUCUAUGUGAUGACGGAAAAGGGAACGCUAUACUUAGCAGUGGUUUAUUUCUUGAUGAACUAGCAAAAUUUAAAUUAUACGGGAUCCCACGGGGACGUGCAGGCCCGUCACUACCGAGGACGCUUAAAAAAGGUAAUUUAGAUAUUGACUAUGUGCAAGCAAUACGGUGUCAAUGCCCCUGUAUCCUGCAGCGUUGGGCUGCACGACCUAGAAAUUGGCCGGCCCCAAAUGUCGUCAGGAAAGUCGUAUCAUUGGGAUCGUUUGUUACCCCGGUUGGGUUUAAAGGAAGUGAAGAUAAAUUGUUUGAGUGGAGGAUUUGCUUUAACACGGGUGAAACCGAACUCGUUAACAAUCUUAAUUCCACACAGGCGAAAUUGUAUGUAAUUUUAAAAUUGAUCGUGAAAGAUGUACUUAAUCCAAAGAAUAAAGAGGUAACAUCAUACGUGCUAAAAAAUAUAAUACUAUGGCAAGCUGAAAGAAAUUUACCAUCACUAUUUCAAGAAAAUAAAUUGUUCCAUUGGCUGCAUGACGCAUUGAUAACACUAAAAACUGCAAUAGCCUCUACACAGCUGCCAUACUACAUGAUCCCUGACCGAAAUCUGAUGGCAGCGUGUGGAUUGCAGGAUGAACAGCAGCGUAAAUGGGUGGCAGAUAUCACGGAAAUGAUUGAGGAAGGACCGAGGGUAAUACUUAGAUUGCCGAAGAUAAGACAAGCCAUUAUCUGUCACCCAGAGCCGCUGAUGUGGUUCAGCAGGAGGAGGAUCAAGAUGGAGAUGCUAACGCUGGAAUUGAGGAUAAGAGCCGCUCAAUGUAGAGAUAAGAAAGGGGCGUGUGAUAACUCGGAUAUCAUGCUGCAGGAGAUACAUAGACAUCAGACUGAGAUAGUGAGAGAGGUCCGUCAAAGAAUGUUAAUGGAAUGCAGCGCUGCAGACGAUCUGGAUGACAAAUUGCUAGGUAUCUUGAUGUGAAAUGAAUUAUAUUGAUAUUUUGAUUUGAUCGCGAAUGUACAAAUUAAUUAACUUGGGUUGAAAUAGAUUUGUUACACCAUGUUGAAGCAUAUAGAAUAGUAUAGUGAGAUAACAGCCUCUCAAUGAUUUGUAAUACUGUAUGAAGUAAGAUUAAAAUGAAAAGUUGCGGUAAGAUUCGAUCACAUCGGGUAUGACUUGGAUGAUACAAGGGCUGUUUGGUUUUACUUACAUAUACACAUUCAGGCACAAUUGUAUGUAAUUGUAAAACUCAUUGUACUGAAACCAGACAAUUUAGUGUUAAUAACAUCCUAUGUGCUGCAAAAUAUAAUAUAAACACUCUGAAUGCAGUUCACCCGCAAUUUUUGAAGAAAGGAAUUAAAGCCCCUUAUUUAAAAAUGCCAUUGGAACACUCAGAACUGAAAUAUCCUCUACACAGUUGUAAUAUUAUUAGGUGAAAUAUGACGGCAUUGUGUGGAUUGCGAGAUGAUCAGCAAAGUACAUGGAUAGCAGAUAUCGGGGACAUGAUGGAGGAAGGUGCGAGGGUUACUCCGAGAUUGACGAAGAUAGGAUAAUAAUGAGAUGAAAUUAUAUAUUUCUUUUAUCACGCAUGUAACAACUUUUUUUAUUUGUACGCUAAUAGCGAACUGUAAGAGUUAUGUUUUUUAUAAAUACACAAAGUAGCGUCAGAAAGUGUUUCCCUUAUUUCUAAAAAGUGACAUACACAGGAAAUCUUCCCAUUUUCCAGAGAUAAUAUACACCGUUAUGCCGCUAUAACAUGCACAAUCCCCUGUUGUUGAAGGCCACACUUGUUCGAAUAUAUGAUCCAUAUGUGACCAAACUAUAAUGGGAUUGUUGAUUAAAUUCACAGAUAUAUUCAACUCUGCAUCUGUGCAUCAAUUUUUAAAGAAGCGAAAUGAAAAACAUACAUCAACUUAUUACGGAUUGUAUCAAGGUUUUGAAAGAAAGACCUAAACAAAUCGAAUCAAAAUGUUAAAAGUAUUUAAAAAAAAGAAGAGUAAUAACCUUCACGACGUUGACAAUUUUGUAAAAUAUAGAUUGGUUUAUUUAUAAUCAUUAUUUGAAAUCGGUAAAAUAAUGUUAAAAAAACGUGCAUAAAGCUUUUCUUCAAUAAAUUUGAAAGCAAGGACGUAUAAUUCGCUGACAUGUUCGCCAGCCUGCGUGAUCUUGUUCUAGCUCGUUAGAUUUUACUACCAAAGAUCACGGAUUUGAUUACGGUGAAUUCAGCAUUUUAUUUCAGUUUUCUCUAAUAUAUAUCAUUAUAAAGAAUGUUUAAAAUAUUAUCUUUUGUGAAUUUAUCAAAUUUUCAAAAGUACACAAAUCAGUGCAUAAGUCACUUUAAAAGAAUAUAAAUAUUAAAGCUCAAAUAACCAAUUGAACAUAUUAAUACUUAAAAUUGUAUGGGUAUGUUUGUCCUCAUUCGAAAAUAAAACCUUGAUCAAUUCAA